CAUAAAUAAGUCCCAAAAUUUGCAGCUUCAGUUUCAUCAUCACCACCACGAUGGCUACAUACACAAUCACAGCAGAUAUCAGCCUCUUCUCCUUUUUGUACCCUCUUCUUCUGCUACCAUUUUUGCUCAUUUUCAAGCAUAUUUUCCUCAAAUCUCCACCACUUCCACCAGGUCCAUAUCCAUGGCCCAUCAUAGGAAACCUCCUCCAAAUGGGGGGGAACCUUCAUGUCAAACUUGCUAAUCUCGCCAAACGCCAUGGCCCACUCAUGUCUCUCCGCCUCGGUACCCAAAUCAUGGUGGUCGCAUCGUCGUCUGCAGCAGCCAUGGAAGUACUCAAGACCCAUGACCGGACGCUCUCCGGCCGCUAUGUCAGUACCACAAUUCCAGUUAACAGCCCUAAACUCAACCAUUUGGCAAUGGCGUUUGCCAAGGUCUGUAACAGCGACUGGAGGAAUCUGAAAGCUAUCUGCCGGAUGGAGCUGUUUUCAGGCAAAGCAAUGGAGUCUCGUGUGGAGUUGAGGGAGAGGAAGGUGAUGGAAUUGGUGGAGUUUUUGGAAAAAAAGGAAGGUGAAGUGGUGAAGGUUAUGGAUCUAGUGUAUACUACUGUCUGUAAUAUACUUAGCAAUAAGUUUUUUUCAAUAGAUUUUUCUGAUUUUGAGGGUAGGGAUGUCCGUGGAGUACUGUUGAAGGAUCUCCUAAAUGAAAAUGCAGAGUUGGGGGCUACAGAUAUAUUAGACUUCUAUCCUAUAUUGGGUGGAUUGGAUAUUCAGGGCAUUCGGAAGAAAUUGAAGGAGAUCUUUAGGAGGAUUCCCACUACUUGGGAGGACAUUCUCAAAGAAAGAAGAAAGCAAAGGAUUCAUGGUUCCAGCCAUGGAGACUUCUUGGAUGCUUUGUUAGAAACUGGGUUUGAAGAUGAUCAGAUCAACCAUGUGAUUAUGGAGCUGUUCUUUGCUGGGCCAGAAACUAGUAGCUUGACUGUAGAAUGGGCAAUGGCGGAACUGAUUAAAAAUCAAGAUGCCAUGCAUAAACUUUGCAACGAACUCACACAAAUCAUUGGUGAAUCUCCAGUAAGAGAGUCCCAUUUGCCUCAUCUGCCCUAUCUCCAAGCCUGUGUGAAAGAGACACUGAGAUUGCACCCUACAGGACCACUGCUUCUUCCUCACCGAGCCACGGAGACGUGCCAAAUCAUGGGCUACACAAUUCCAAAAGACUCCAUAAUAUUUGUGAACAUGUGGGCAAUGGGGAGAGACCCCGGGACUUGGGAGGAUCCAUUGAGCUUCAAACCAGAAAGGUUUCUGGAUUCAAAGUUGGAAUUCAAGGGAAACGAUUUCGAGUAUAUACCGUUCGGUGCAGGCAGGAGAAUGUGUCCAGGAAUGCCUCUGGCUGCUAGGCUAGUUCCCAUGAUUCUGGCAACGUUUGUCCGCCUGUUUGAUUGGUCUACUCCGGGCGACAUGGACUUUGCCGAGAUUGACAUGGAGGAGCGGUUUGUUAUAACAUUGAGGAAGGAACAACCACUGCGUCUUGUUCCUAGGAUUAGAAAAUAUUAGCGUGGCUUGUAAGCGUGUUAAGUUUUGUUAUUCUAGAUGUUAUGUUGUUUUGGUUUGUUACCACCAAGGA